AUGGCUACCCCUAGUGUCCUCGCUUUUGACGCUGAGGGUCGAGCCAUUGACUUUGAGGUCUGGGUCGACGACCUGCAGCUGUUCUUACAGUGCGAUAGGGCGGACGGUCUUUCUCUCUUUGACCUCACCUCUGGCGCCUCUCCUGCCCUUGCUGCUGAUGCUGACCCCACUGUUCGCUCUCAGUGGGCCACCCGCGAUGCUGCUGCACGUCUUGCUGUGCAUCGCCACCUGCCUACCACUGAGCGCGCGCACUUUAGUCAGUACAAGAGUGCUCAGACCUUGUACGACGCUGUAGUUGCGCGCUACUCUUCCCCUGCCACUGCUGCACUGAGGCGCCUCAUGCUACCGUACCUCUUCCCUGACCUUGCUGCAUUUCCCACAGUUGCUGACCUCAUUACGCACCUCCGCACUAGUGACACUCGCUACCGCGCCGCGCUGCCUGCUGAGGGUGUUCCCCUUCCCCCCUGUUGCCCUCUGUCGCCUCUACUGCUGCGGCCGACCUACUUGGUCUUAAGUCGGUCGAUGCGGCGUCUGCCCCUAGCGGGAGACGCCGCUCUGGCAAGGGCAAGGGGGGCAAGGGCGCGGGUGGAGCUAGCGGGGGUGGUGGAGGUGGCGGUGGAGGCGGCGGAGGGAGUGGGGGUGGCGGUGGGAGUGGUGCCGGGGGUGGAGGUGGCGGUGGCAGCGGCGGAGGCGGAGGCGGCGGUGGCGGUAGCGGUGGGAGCGGAGGCGGCGGUGGCGGCGGAGGUGGAGGCGGCGCUGGUGGAGGAGGUGGAGCUGGUCGAGGUGGUACUUCUCAGCGGAGCGGCUCCGGCAGUGCGUCAGCGUGGUGGGGGUUUUGGCCCGUGCACCUACGUCCUCCGCUCCGGCGACCGCACGGGUGAGCAGUGUGGGGGUGCUCACCCCACCCAGCGCUGCUUUGGCCGCCUGACGGACGCUUGGCGUGAGCAGUUCCCGGAGGCUAGUGAGAUCCCCCGCUGGGGAGAGCUGUCUAGGGCAGGCGUAGCUAUCUUUGAUCUUGACUUUGAUGCUAUCCUUGCUGCCAUGUAUGCUGUGACUAUUAGUGAUGAGGGUGACUGUUACCGGUGUUUCCCGCCUGACCCGGGCAUUGGUACUGCUGCUCUAGGUACUGGUGAGGCUGCUGCUCUAGGUGCCAGUGCGUCCGCGCCCUCAGGUGCUGGUGAGUCUGCGCUCUCAGGUACCACGUCAGCUUCGGCCUCCCUCACCUUCACACUUGACUCAGGGGCUUCUCGCUCCUUCUUUCGAGACCGCACCACACUCACGCCGCUUGGUCGGCCAGUUGCAGUCUCCCUGGCAGACCCCUCUGGGGGUCCUGUCCUCUCUCACUUCUCCACUGUCCUCCCGUGUCUGGCUGCCCCCUCUGGCACCUUGUCUGGUCUUUACCUCCCCUCGUUCUCUACGAACUUGGUGAGUGGUGCUGACCUGCAGGAUACGGGGGUUCACCAGUUCACUCCUGCGAGUCAGCGGGUGACCCACUGCACGGACGCUCGGACAGGCCGACACCUGGCCACGUUUACACGUCGGCCGGGGUCGAGCCUGUACACACAGACCACUGAGUCUCCUCCAGUCACUGCGUCUGGUCAGGUAGCUGCGUCGGGUCAGGUGUUUGCUGCAGCGUCCAAAUCUGGUCCUGAGUCUGCCCCCUGCUCGUGUUGCCUCCUGUCUCACGAGACUCUCCUCUGGCACCACCGUCUUGGUCACCCCUCCUUGCCUCGUCUCCGAGGCAUGGCUUCCCGUGUCUUUGUCUCUGGUCUUCCCCGGUCCCUCCCUCCCCUUCCUCCGGGGCCUGGUCCUUCCUGUGUCCCCUGUGUCGAGGGGCGGCUCCGAGCUGCCCCUCACUCCUCUCAGUUUCCCCCGACAGAGGCCCCGCUGCAGACGCUUCACAUGGACGUGUGGGGCCCGGCCCGCGUCCGUGGACAGGGUCACGAGCGCUACUUCCUGCUGGUGGUUGACGACUACUCGCGUUACACCACAGUCUUCCCCUUGCGCAGCAAGGGUGAUGUCGCUGAGGUGUUGAUCGACUGGAUCCGCGCAGCUCGUCUCCAGCUCAGGAGGAGCUUCGGCUCGGACUUUCCUGUUCUGCGUCUGCACUCUGACCGAGGCGGAGAGUUCUCCUCUGGCCUUCUGCGAGCCUACUGUCGUGCGCGAGGCAUCCGCCAGACCUUCACGCUUCCGGACUCUCCACAGCAAAAUGGGAUUGCUGAGCGCCGCAUUGGCAUGGUCAUGGACGUCGCUCGUACGUCCAUGAUGCAUGCGGCUGCCCCCCAUUUUCUGUGGCCGUUUGCGGUUCAGUACGCGGCGCAUCAGAUCAACCUUCACCCCAGGGUCUCCAGACCGGAGACCUCCCCAGCCUUGCUGUGGACGGGGAAGGUCGGUGAUGCGUCUGCGUUCCGUGUCUGGGGAUCUCGCGCGUUUGUCUGCGACUUGUCUGCGGACAAGCUGUCCCCUCGUGCUGCUCCCUGUGUCUUCCUUGGCUUCCCCCCUGACGCCCCAAGGUGGCAGUUCUACCACCCCACCUCUCGUCGUGUUCUGUCCUCCCAGGACGUCACUUUCGACGAGUCAGUUCCCUACUACCGCCUCUUCCCCUACCGCACUCCUUCCCUCCCCCCGCCACCGCACUUCCUUGUGCCAGUCAGAGCUGCUGAGGGCGUUGGCGCGGAGGCUACUGCUGUCAGUCUUGGCGGCGGUCCUGCUGCGGGUGCUACUGGUGCUGCUGGAGGUACUGAAGCUGGAGGUGCUGUUGACGCUGGUACUGCUGCUGGGGGUGCUGGUGCUGUCCCUGCUUCCUAA